AUGAUGAACAGGAUUUUGUCUGCUUGUCUGCUCCUCAGUCUGUACAGCGCAGGAUCCUCGCUGAGCUGCAGAUGGUUGGGUCAUAAAUUCAGACAGCACACUGAAAACUCUUUGGAGCUACUGGAUACGAUGGCUAAUAAUUCCACCAACACCACUGAGGAUGCUGAACUGGAGGUGGCCUUCCCUCAUGAUCUGUACACCCAGGCGUCCAAAGCAUCAGUUGGGGAGCGUCUUGGUUUCGUGGUGCAGAUUCUGGAGCAGACGGCUGCCUUGUUUGAGGAGGCUCAUAACUCUACAUCAUGGGAGGAGAAGACAGUGGAGGACUUUCUCAAUGUUGUCACCCAGCAGGCUGAUGGUCUGCGCUCCUGUAAUGGGAGCAACAGCCACAAGAAGAACAAGAAGCUGCAGAUGUAUUUCAAGAGACUCUCAGGCUAUAUCCUUGGACGAAUGGGUCACAGUGCUGCAGCCUGGGAGCUGAUCAGGAGGGAAAUUAAAAUCCAUCUAUUCAGAGCCGACCAGCUGGCUUCAUCUCUACUCACCACCAACUGAAACCUGUCUGUCUGUCAGACUGAGAGUGUGUUACAUUAUUUGCUAACAUGCAGUUUAUUUAUUUAUUAUUCUAUUUAUUUACUUAUGUCUUUAUUUAUUUAUCAGUUUAUUUAUUGAGCUGUUUUAGUACCCAACAGCUGAUUGGUUGACUGUGUUGAUUUUUA